UGUCUCUUUCGUUUGACCUCCAGUUUGCAUGUCGGUCGCAAAACACUUGCAGUGAAAACCGCGCUUCAUUCUGAUCACGAAGCUAAAUGUUCUGAAAUAAGGUCUGAUGUGAUGGAAGAAUUAAUAACACUUACGACUAAAGAACCAUCAGCAGACAUAGAAGAACGUUGGCGCUAUAAAUAUCCAAAUGUAGCUUGUGAGCUACUAACUUGUGAUGUUCCAGUCUUAAAUGAAAAAUUAGCAGGCAACGAAGCAUUAUUGGCAAAACUUUAUUCUUUUAUCGAUACAGAUCAACCAUUAAAUCCCCUUUUGGCAUCAUUUUUUAGUAAGACUAUUGGAGUACUUAUUGGUCACAAAACUCUUCAGCUUUUAGAGUUUUUGAAAAGUCGUCAGACAUGCGUCGAUCUGCUUUUACAACAUUUAGAAACAUCUGCAAUUAUGGACUUAGUACUAAAACUUGUUAGUCAGGUUGAAGGAAAUAUGCGGCAGAAUAUACUAAGUUGGUUGGAUAGUCAACAAUUAGUACAAAGAGUGAUAAAAUUAUUAUCCCCAAAUUCUGAACAAACUAAGCAUGCAAAUGCUGCACAAUUACUUUGUGAUAUGAUAACUGCUGCGAGAGAAUAUCAACGUACAUGUACAGCACGCACUGGUCCAGAUCCUAUUUUAAAUACUCUUGAAUCAGCAGAUACAGUAAGCCUGUUACUAGAGACUAUUUUAACUGGAGAAAAACUAGAAAGUAGUAUUCUUGGUGGAAUUCAGGUACUUCUUACACUUUUACCAAAACCUAACAAUGGAAGAAAUGAGGAUAGUGUUCAUGGAAAUGGUAUUGAAGACGAGAUCACAGAUAGUGAAGAGCGUAUAAAGAUAUCAAAUGCAACUUUGCCUUACCUAGAGCAGCUUCACAAACUUCUGCUGGAUCCACCUUAUAAACCUCCUGUUAAAACAACCACUGGCGUAUUAGAAUGUCCAGUAGGUAUUACGCGUUUACAUGUUGCAAAGUUAUUCACGACAUUAAUGGCAACUGAAAAUAUGAAGGUCUAUGAAGCCUUAAUAGAAUUAGGAACAUUCCAAACGUUACUCGAUUUAUUUUUUAAAUAUUCGUGGAACAAUUUUUUACAUACUCAAGUACAAUUUUGCCUGGCUUUAGCUAUUAAUUGUGAUUUUAAGGAUACAAAUGAUAUUAUUUAUGAUAAUAAAUAAAGAAAUGAAAAAUAAGCAAGGAUACAUGGGCCAUUUAAUAAACGUUGCAAAUAAUAUUGUUAAUCAACGUGAAAAAAGCGAAAAUUUAGAUAAAUUUUUAAAGGAUAAUUUAUUACCUGAGUGUCGUAGUAAUUGGGAUAAUUUUGUGAAUAUUGAACUAACAAAAAUUAAUAAGAUUCAUCAAAUCCAUUUGGGUGGAAAACCACAAACAUCCAUGACCAGCUCCAGUGAAAAUCCAGAUGAAUAUAGUUCUUAUCCCCAAGAAGAAUUUCUUCAAGUUCAACGAGUAGAACAAAUAUGUCAGCAAAAACAAAAAGCAGAUUUAGAGGAUUGCAACACAGGAGUAGAAUGGGGCGAUGAAGGAGAACUCACUUUUCAGACAGUAGUAGAUAAAUGUGAUUGGCCAACAAAACAACAACAUAAUGAUUCUAAUUCAUCCGAUGAAGAUGAUGAAGAUCCACGAGAUAUGCAUAUGGAAAUUGAUUCUACAGAGCGUAAAAAAGAAACGUCGAACACAACAGAGAACAAAAUGGAAACUCCGUUGGGAAGCAAAGUAACCGUGGAAGCCAUUGGAGCAGGUGACAUGAAAAUUGAAGAUACAGUUGAUAGUACAGCUUCAUACAUAGAAACAAAUAUAAAUCAUCAAAAUACCGAGAGUAGUUUGUACUCUGGGUGUACUGCCGAUAAAAAUGCAAAUCCAAGUGAAAUUGUAGAUAGCAGAGAAAUCAAGUGCGAAGGGAACGUAAAGAAUGCGGAACUUGCGACUACUACGGUACAAAAUGAAAAAUCUUCGAGUGAUUAUACAAUUUCGUGUAGUUUAAAAAAUGUAUCACCGGAAGCUGUAUUAUCAUCGACAGAUACCAAAUGAAAAAUUAUUUGUUGAGUAUGAUAUUGCAAUAGAACAAAAAAAGUCAUAUCAAGUAUAAAUUUGUACGAAUGAUCAGAAUAUAUAUUACGUCCCUAUAUUUUCAUUAGAUCAUAUUAAUUGUGCUUCAUUGCGUUGGCGCCUGGGUAACAACUCACAGCAGGGUAUAAGUAUGGAUUGAAAAGUAAAAGACUAACCGACGCUCAACUAUGAAUAGUAUAUUACUUGAUGUACAUGUACAUGUUCUCGGAUCGCCAAAGUUUCAAUUAUAAAUACAACCUCGUGAAAUACAAUUUUCCAGAUUUUCUUAAUGGACAUAGUUAUUAAAAAUUUCUUUAGGUUAUUAUUUGUACGUAAUUAAUAUAAAAAUUUAAUUCAAUAAUCACACAUUCUUUGUGUCUCGGAUUUGGUAUAAUGUAAUAGUUAGCAUGAUGAGAUAGACAAAGUACAAUUUGUACAAAAUUGAUGAAUGCCAAGAUGAAUUUAACUUGGUCGCCUGAUACCUGUUCUCACAAAAGUAUUACAUGCUGAUGUGUGUGUAUAUAUAUAUAUAUAUAUAAAUGUACAUAUACACAUACAUACAUAUAUUGUAAUGUUUAAGUGAUACUGAUACGAGGCUCCUUAAAAAGAUAACCGUAAAUAUUAAUGUUUAAUAAAAGAAGAAAACUGGUGCUUUUGCUUCUUCGUUCGAUAAGGCA